AUGCAAUAUGAUGAAGAUGAUGAUGAAAUCACCCCAGAUUUGUGGCAAGAAGCAUGCUGGAUUGUAAUCAGUUCCUAUUUUGAUGAAAAAGGCUUGGUCAGACAACAGCUGGAUUCUUUUGAUGAGUUUAUUCAGAUGUCUGUUCAAAGAAUUGUGGAAGAUGCUCCACCUAUAGACCUACAAGCUGAAGCUCAGCAUGCUAGUGGGGAAGUUGAAGAACCGGUUCUGAUUGCUCAAGAGAAAAUGGCAACAAACACAGUUUAUGUGUUUGCCAAAAAGGAUUCUAAAUAUGCCUACACUGGAGAGUGUAGGUCAUGUCUAGAGAAUUCUUCCCGGCCCACCAGCACUAUAUGGGUUAGCAUGCUGGCCAGAGGAGGACAGGGUGCAAAAAAGAGUGCGAUUGGUCAGCGCAUUGUGGCAACUCUACCGUAUAUCAAGCAAGAAGUUCCCAUCAUUAUUGUUUUCAGAGCACUAGGUUUUGUGUCUGACAGAGAUAUUUUAGAGCAUAUUAUUUAUGAUUUUGAAGAUCCAGAGAUGAUGGAAAUGGUUAAACCUUCUCUUGAUGAAGCUUUUGUCAUCCAAGAGCAGAACGUUGCACUAAACUUCAUUGGUUCAAGAGGAGCGAAGCCUGGUGUUACUAAAGAGAAAAGAAUUAAAUAUGCGAAAGAGGUCUUGCAAAAAGAAAUGCUCCCACAUGUUGGUGUCAGUGACUUUUGUGAGACCAAAAAAGCCUAUUUCUUGGGGUAUAUGGUUCACAGGCUUCUUCUAGCAGCUUUGGGUAGAAGAGAACUAGAUGACAGAGAUCACUAUGGAAACAAAAGAUUGGAUCUUGCUGGGCCACUGCUUGCGUUCUUAUUUAGAGGUAUGUUUAAAAAUUUGCUUAAAGAAGUACGGAUCUACGCACAGAAGUUUAUUGAUCGAGGAAAGGAUUUUAACUUAGAAUUGGCGAUUAAAACAAGGAUUAUAUCUGAUGGCCUAAAAUACUCUUUAGCUACUGGAAACUGGGGUGAUCAAAAGAAAGCUCAUCAAGCCAGAGCUGGAGUAUCUCAGGUGUUGAACCGCCUGACUUUUGCAUCUACUCUUUCUCACCUGCGUCGUUUAAAUUCUCCUAUUGGUAGAGAUGGCAAGCUAGCAAAACCAAGACAGCUGCAUAAUACAUUGUGGGGAAUGGUGUGUCCUGCUGAGACUCCAGAGGGCCAUGCUGUAGGACUUGUGAAGAAUUUAGCUCUGAUGGCUUAUAUUUCAGUUGGAUCUCAACCGUCUCCAAUUCUGGAAUUUUUAGAAGAAUGGAGUAUGGAAAAUUUAGAAGAAAUUUCACCUGCAGCUAUUGCUGAUGCAACCAAGAUUUUCGUUAAUGGCUGUUGGGUUGGGAUACAUAAAGACCCUGAACAACUUAUGAACACGCUAAGGAAAUUGCGACGUCAGAUGGACAUCAUUGUGUCUGAAGUUUCUAUGAUCAGAGAUAUUCGAGAAAGGGAGAUUCGUAUCUAUACAGAUGCAGGCCGUAUUUGUAGACCACUUCUGAUUGUGGAAAAACAAAAGCUGCUUUUGAAGAAGAGACAUAUUGAUCAAUUGAAAGAGAGAGAAUACAACAACUACAGUUGGCAGGAUCUUGUGGCCAGUGGGGUAGUAGAAUAUAUUGAUACCCUUGAAGAAGAGACAGUGAUGCUUGCAAUGACGCCAGAUGAUUUACAGGAGAAGGAAGUAGCUUAUUGUUCCACAUACACACAUUGUGAGAUUCAUCCUUCAAUGAUUCUUGGUGUCUGUGCAUCUAUUAUUCCCUUUCCUGAUCAUAACCAGUCUCCUAGGAACACAUACCAGUCUGCUAUGGGUAAGCAGGCUAUGGGAGUCUAUAUCACCAACUUCCAUGUUCGAAUGGACACACUGGCCCACGUUCUCUAUUAUCCUCAAAAACCACUUGUGACCACGCGGUCUAUGGAAUAUUUACGAUUCAGAGAGCUGCCAGCAGGUAUCAACUCAAUUGUGGCCAUUGCAUCAUAUACUGGAUAUAAUCAAGAAGACUCUGUUAUCAUGAAUCGCUCAGCUGUAGACCGGGGCUUUUUCAGGUCUGUUUUCUACCGGUCUUACAAAGAACAGGAGUCUAAAAAAGGAUUUGAUCAAGAAGAAGUUUUUGAGAAACCUAGUUCUGAAACAUGCCAGGGUAUGCGGCAUGCCAUUUAUGACAAGCUAGAUGAUGAUGGUCUGAUAGCUCCUGGGGUUCGUGUAUCAGGAGAUGAUGUUAUCAUAGGUAAAACAGUCACCUUGCCUGAAAAUGAAGAUGAAUUGGAGAGCACUAAUAGACGCUAUACCAAGAGAGACUGCAGCACUUUCCUCAGAACUAGUGAGACGGGUAUUGUGGACCAAGUGAUGGUAACUCUCAACCAGGAAGGAUAUAAAUUUUGUAAAAUAAGAGUACGCUCUGUUAGAAUUCCACAAAUUGGAGACAAAUUUGCUAGUCGACAUGGUCAAAAGGGUACUUGUGGUAUUCAGUAUAGACAAGAGGAUAUGCCUUUUACCUGUGAAGGCAUCACCCCUGAUAUUAUCAUAAAUCCCCAUGCUAUCCCUUCUCGUAUGACUAUUGGUCACUUGAUUGAAUGUCUUCAAGGGAAGGUAUCAGCUAACAAGGGUGAAAUUGGUGACGCUACUCCAUUUAAUGAUGCGGUGAACGUGCAGAAGAUCUCUAACCUUUUGUCUGAGUAUGGUUACCAUCUCCGAGGAAAUGAGGUCCUGUACAAUGGGUUCACUGGUCGAAAAAUCACAUCACAAAUUUUUAUUGGCCCCACUUAUUACCAGCGUUUGAAGCAUAUGGUGGAUGAUAAAAUUCAUUCUCGUGCUAGAGGCCCUAUUCAGAUCCUUAAUAGACAGCCCAUGGAAGGUCGAUCUCGUGAUGGUGGCCUGCGUUUUGGAGAAAUGGAAAGAGAUUGUCAGAUUGCCCAUGGAGCAGCCCAGUUUUUACGAGAACGGUUGUUUGAGGCAUCAGAUCCGUAUCAGGUUCAUGUUUGCAAUCUCUGUGGAAUAAUGGCCAUCGCUAACACCAGGACCCACACGUAUGAAUGCAGGGGCUGUCGCAAUAAAACCCAGAUUUCCUUGGUUCGGAUGCCAUAUGCAUGCAAGCUGUUGUUUCAGGAACUCAUGUCAAUGAGCAUCGCACCAAGAAUGAUGAGUGUUUAG